AUGUCGGGAUCCGAGGCGGCUACGGCGGCCAAGCCUGGGAUGCCCAAGCCCAAGGUCCCAGAAGGGAAUCCAGCAUUCAACAUGAUGGGUCUGCCCAAGAUUCGAAACUGGCGCUUACCCUCGCGCAACUGGUGCAUCUUUUGGGCUGUUGUCGGCACAUUUGCAGGCAGUGUGACCUAUGAUCGGUUCGAAAAGAAGAAGGUCCUGCGGCGCUAUACAAGUAUGGUUUCACAUCUAGCGAAUGAGCCACUUCAGCCAUUGCAAAUGCCGCGUAAAGUGCGCGUCUUUCUGGGUGCGCCGCCUGGAGAUGGCUUAUACGUCGCUCGAGAUGCCUUUGAUGAAUAUGUCAAGCCCAUCUUUUACGCUGCGGCAGUCGACUAUGAACUGGUAGAAGGACGCAUGCAGGGGGAUAUUCGGCACAAGACUGCACAAUCUAUUCGCGACCGACGGCUAGGCGUGGAUGGCAUGACGGACUUGCAGAGACAAUCAAAGCAGCAGCUCGAAUGGAACAAUGAAGGUGGUGAUUUGAUCCUUGGUCGGCAUACCUUUAAAGAAUACAUUCGAGGCCUGCAUGAAGGGUAUCUUGGCCCGGUAGAGGAACCAGCAGAGGUACAUGCCAUCAUGAACCCCGAGUUUCCAGAUCAGGGUGCCGCCUCGCCAACAGAAGAACUUGAGCCCGGCCAGGAACUGCUGACUGACGCGCAAAAGGAAGAGCAAAUCAAGGCCAUCAAGGACAAGAUUCCAUCGAGCCCGCCGUCCUAUCUUCUUCCAAACGCGUAUGCGAAUGCUCCGGAUCCUGUAAUAGACAAGCCGGUGGUGCACAGCUUUGUACCGCUCCAGCACUUGCUUGGCUUUCUCAAUACACCCUGGCGAAUAUGGCGCUUUGUACAUCGCAGGGAUUUGGCUGAAUCCAUGUGCUCUGCCACAGCAGCGACUGUGCUUGGUCUGCACUCACGGCCGCUGACUCGAGAAGAUCUCAGCAUUAAUGAGGCAGAUGAGCUUGAUUGGCCAAAGAAGAACCGAGAAAAGACGGACGGCGUCUGGGUAGAGGAUAUAGCGGUGGACGAUCGAGUCAUGGCGCAUCUUGCGAGAUAUGAGCUGGAUGUUGAAGAAGCGGAGCGGCUUGCAUCUGAGGCAGCUGCUCGAUAUGCGGCAGAGUCUAUAUAGUAUCUACUAUAUAUUAGUAG